ACGAUGGCUGACUUCAGAAAGUGGUUAAGAAUUGUAUUGACUGAGGAAUUUCGAGUCAAAAGCCUUUUCCUGUGGUUUUCAAGUCCAGAGCUAUUUGCCGAAUCACCGUGGUUUCCACCAUCGUUGUUUAUCAUAUAUCGUCUGGUUAUUACCGCGUGGUCUGUGAUUAUCACUGUGGAAAGCACGUUUGCCACGCCUAGCUAUUUAUGGUUGUUGCAGUUGGAUAACUGGAGUAUCUCGUUAAGUUGCCUAUAUUUCGUUCUCGCCACAUUCCUCCUGAUCUACUACGCUGUUAAAACAUGCAAAAGUGAAGAGAACAAAGAAAUCCCUAAGAAAACAGAAAAAAGCUACUUUGCUGAAGAUGAACGCGAGAAUGAAUCCGAGCUGUUAUGGACCGCAAACGAGGAAGACGAGUUGCACAGAGAACUCCCGCGUCGCGAAGAAAGAUUACCGUGUUACCAUGCAGUACUCUGGGUCUUACAAACUCUGGUGGGAAACAGCAUAUUAGUUGUCAUCCUUUGUUAUGUCACACUGGAAGAACAAUUUAACGUAUUAGAAUUUGCUAAGUUCCUGUCCAUCACUAUUUUCAUGGUUGCUGAGGCAAUUUUCAGUUUUGCACCAAUCAGAUUGCUUCAUUUUAUUUAUUCGUAUGUGUUUUCAUUAACAUACGUCCUAGUCGUUCUUAUGUACUACUUUGUAUUUGUCGAUGAGCGUGUCUCCGAGCUUCCGAGCUUUGUGAACAGAAUAGACGACCCUCUUUCUUCAACAGUGGUUUUCAUGAUACUAAUCGUUGGACAGCCGUUGUUUCAGUUGUUAUACUUUACAGUCCAUAAGCUGAACUGUUAUGUGUACGUCAAGUAUUUUAGUUACUAAAUGAACAUUAGUUAUCAUAAGGGCGUAGUUGAUCAUUUUUUUUUAUCAUCGCAAGUUAAGUGAGAUAGGCCAAGUCCAAAAAGGUUCAUAGUACUAUUAAUGAGUAGGUUUGGAUGGUAAGUAAGUAUCCCAAGGUCUUUUAAUCUAAGCGCAAACUGCACGUACGAUGCUUCGGUCACAUGAAGAGUUGCAUACAUGAAAUGCGCGGGGAUAGUAGAGCCACUAACUAAGGUAGAAUUGUUCCCUCUACCCACGGAUACUACCAAUUCUCUUCCAAAACAUGCCUUUGAUGCAAGACAGUGUGUGCACCCGAAACUCAAUGCUAAGCGUGCAAUUUCUUCCUUUGUCUUCCCUUGUAAAUACGACUAACAUUUAAAUAUAAUGUAGGAGAUGUGAUUAACGAGGCGAUUUUUGGCUCGCCUUUUAGCGGUUUUGAGAAUAUAUUCU